AUGCUCUCUCGCAAGACUGGGUCCAGUUCGCGUCGACAGCCUUCUCCGCGGUCAGCCCCGAGACAGCGGCAGCGGACGGGAAGAGCCUGUGAAGAAUGUCGGCGACGCAAACUGCGAUGCGAUGGACAACAACCACGCUGCGGAGUCUGUGUGGAAUCAGGAGUACCAUGCGAGGUCAAUAGCCAGCGUGCUCUGCGGGGACCGAAGAAGGGGUACCUGAAGGCGUUGAGGAAUCGCGUUGCAUUGUUAGAGACUCGCUUGGCCGAGCAAACCGCCGAGUGCAACCCGUUAUCCACCCCCGUCACAGAUCUCCAAGAUGUCUCCAGUACUUCCACCGCGUUCGAGUCAAAUCUAGCCCCAUUGUCCGCCAGAAGCCCGUCGGCCUCGGAGCCUGAGGUUGUGGCAACGACAAUGACAAGAGCAAGUAUGACCCCACAAGCAAGGACGCUGAGCAUCAAGCCGGUUUCCGAACUCAUUCAGGCAGAAUUGAAUCAGCUCUACUUCGACCGAGUCCAUCCCUCAAUCCAAAUCCUUCACCAGCGUCGAUAUAUGUCAUGGGCCCGGUGUACGGUGGAAAGUACAUCACGACAAUGCCUUCAGUAUGCAAUGUGGACACUGGCGUCCCUUCACUCCGCACAGUUUCGGCACCUCCAGGUAUCCUUCUAUCAGGAGACCAAAAGGAUGCUGGACCAGUUAACCAGAGACACCAAUUUUCUAGUCGAUACAGAGGAGAUCCAAGCGUGGAUCUUGACUGCAACGUAUGAAUCCAUGCGUACAUUCCACCGAUCAGCCUGGAUGAGCGCUGGAAGGGCAUUCCGACUGGUGCAACUGAUGAGACUGCAUGAAAUCGACAAUCCCACAAAUGCUCCUGUACACGUUCCUGUACUCGAAACAGAGCUGAUUGAGACGGAGGAGAAGCGACGGGUCUUUUGGAUGGCAUAUUUUCUAGAUCACUUAUUCAGUAUGCGCAACAAUUGGCCCGUCACGCUCAACGAACACGUGAUCUGUACCCGUCUUCCAGCUCCAGAAAUGGAAUUCCAGAGCGGGCAACCGGUGCUGGGUGUUUUCCUGUCAGAAGCCAUUAUGGACCACUCCCGGGCAACGUCGCCGUUUAAUGAAUGUGUAAUCCUGGCAACCAUCUGUGGCCGCAGUUUAUUCCACGUCCAGCAGCACAAGAUCGGCUUUGUGUACGGAGGAGAUAUAACCCCCACCUGGUCGGAGCAGCAUCAGUGGUUGGACAAUAUUCUCAUCAAUCGACUACAGGUUCUCUCCCAGUAUCACCCCUCACCCAUGCAGUUUUGCGACUCUAUGCUCUUGUUUGCGCAUAUAAUGGGACAGGCAACCGUGAUCUACCUGUAUCAGGGGAUGAAGUCCGUUCUAAGGACGAUCGAUGAAAGGACCUUGGUGGUGAAUAAGCAGCGAGCGUUGGUGGCAGCACAAGAAGUAGUCACUCUGGCAAAAGCGCUGACUGAAUCCCACUUAUUCAAGGUCCACCCUCUCAUGCCAAUUCCUUUGUUGCUGUGUGCCGAGUUUCUCGAUGACGGUCACGCGACGGAGGGAUUUAAUUCCCAACUUCAGGAACUUCUGCGUAUAUUUCAUCAAUUAAAGAAUGUUAACGAUCCGAGCCAAAGUUAUAUACAGUUAUUGGAGCUGUCCUGUACUGCGGCAUCCAUGGAUCUAGCGAGAAAGCACUCGACAGUGAGCACGUCGUCCUCGUCCUGA